UGUGUCUGUUUUAGGGGGAAGAGAAUUACUAUGGGGUAUUGCGGCCACGCCGCCGGUGUGGAUUAAGGCACCUCCGACAUGGGCACACCUCAGAAACUGCACUUAGCGGUGACCUCUUUUUGGGUUGUUGCGUUGUUUGUCUUCCACUUUUUAGUGAUCGUCUCUGGUUUCGAGCCGGAUUUCCUAUACCCUCUGGAGAAUGUAACAGUCGCCCAAGGACGUGACGCUACCUUCACCUGUGUUGUAAAUAAUCUGGGGGGAUACAGGGUGAGUGGGGAGCCCACAACCGCCAGGGUGGCGUGGAUAAAAGCAGACACAAAGGCAAUUUUGGCCAUUCACGAACAUGUCAUCACUAAUAAUGCACGUUUGUCGGUGACUCACAAUGAUUAUAACACUUGGACCCUUAGUAUUCGUAGUGUGAAGAGGGAGGAUAGGGGACAAUAUAUGUGUCAAGUAAAUACAGAUCCUAUGAAAAUGCAGACUGCAUAUUUGGAGGUGGUAAUUCCUCCAGAUAUUAUAUACGAGGAAACGUCGGGAGAUAUGAUGGUGCCCGAGGGUGGAUCCGCUAAGUUAAUAUGUAAGGCAAGAGGAUAUCCCAAACCUCGGAUAGUUUGGAGGAGGGAAGACGGUGGAGAAAUAAUCGCUCGAAUGGGACCCAGUGGUAAAAGUAGAUUGACAUCGGUGGAAGGCGAAAUGCUCACCCUAACGAAGGUGACGCGUUCCGAAAUGGGCGCCUAUUUAUGCAUCGCAGCCAAUGGAGUACCUCCAUCUGUAAGCAAAAGAAUGAUGUUACAUGUACACUUUCAUCCCUUAAUCCAGGUUCCUAAUCAAUUGGUCGGGGCGCCCGCCCACACCGACGUUACGUUACAAUGUCACGUGGAAGCUUCGCCGAAAGCUAUUAAUUACUGGACGAGAGAAAACGGAGAAAUGAUCAUCUCCAACGACAAAUAUUUUAUGACAGAAAUCAACAACUCGUAUUACAGCGUUCAGAUGCGGCUAGUAAUACGUCGCUUCCACAAGUCGGACUUGGGAGGCUACAAGUGCAUCUCUAAGAACUCAAUCGGAGACGCCGAGGGUAACAUUCGUCUCUAUGAGAUGGAAAUACAAGAUCAAACGGAGACGGAUGAGGAGAGCACGCCAGAGGAAAACACGGAGGAAAAAAGUUCUAAUAAUCGACUGUACAAUGGCUUCCAAGGUUCACUCACAGAAACUGAUGAUAAUAAAGUCACGUCCGACAUUGGCGCCUCUUCCUCCAAGGGAGCGCUAUCGAUACGGGCAUCUUAUUUCCUAUGGUCGGUGCACCUCUUGUUGAUGUUGCUAUUCUGACGUCUCCGUGUGCGAUAUGUGAACAGUGCAGUGUGGUGAUAAUGUGCCAAAUCUAUUUGUGCUUCGCAAUCCAUCGCUCUGAAUAAAGUAUCUGUAUCAUAAGGAUUGUUAUAGGAAAUAUUUCUGUAGUAAGAUCAAUGUUUAGGCUUUGUUGUUGCUAAUUAGAGAUCUGCAUAAAGGAGUA